GAAGCUGCUAACAGAGCUAGCUUGUUGUUCUGGUGUGCGAGGAGAAUAUUUGAGGUUCUGCAGUAAAAAUGUCUUCACUUCAGUCUCUGGGAGAGUUGAUCAGCUAAAGCGACUAACUGCUGCUGCUGCAGAAAUCUUCUCACCAGGCUGUGGAAACUUUCUUCUCCUCCUCAACGACUUGGUGGAGUUCUUUCCAGAACCAGAGAAGAUAUUCUGCGGUCUUCGUGACAAUCGGAGCUCCAGAAUCAGGUUGUGGCUGUUAGCUAAACACGGCUAAAGAAAACCUGCUACCACUUCAGGAUCAUCCAUCAGCUGGGACUGAUUCAUCGUGUGUUCUUCACCACCUGGACCUGGACAGCAUGGACACAGAUGUUCCACAGCUGGUGCUGGUUAAAGAAGAAGCUCCUGAAGAACAGAGUGCUGGUGUGGACCAGCAGGACCCAGAACACCUCCACAUAAAGGAGGAACAGGAGGAGCUCUGGACCAGUCUGGAGGGAGAGCAUCUCUGUUUGAAGGAGGAGACUGAAGCUGUCGGGUUUCCUGUUACUGCUGUUUCUAUAAAGAGUGAGGAUGAUGAAGAGAAACCUCUGGUCUCACAGCUUCAUCAGCAGCAAAUAGAAGACAGAGAUGUUCCAACCAGCAGCUCAGCUGACCAGAUGGCAGCAGAAACUGGUGGAGGAGCAGGAACUAGCAGGAACCCAGAUCUGAACCCUCAUGAACAAACAUCUGAUUCUUCAGAGACUGAAGUUAGUGGAGAUGAUGAAGAAGAUGAUGAUGAUGGUGUGAAUCUGGACUCUGAGCUGUCAGACUCUGGGUCUGAAACUGGAGAUGAAGAUGAUGACUGGAAUGAGAGCAGGUCUUCUGAGUCAGAUGUUUCAAGGAAGAGAGAGGAGAUGGACGAGAAACCUCUGCUGUUACAUUUCCACAACCAUCAAAUGAAAGACGGAGGUGUCCCAACCAGCUGCUUGGCUGGGCAGAUGACAGCAAAAGUUGGUGGAGGAGCAGAAACUAGCAAGAACCUAGAUCUGGACCCUAAUGAAAAGACAUCCGAUUCUUCAGAGAUUGAAGUUAGUGGAGAAGAUGAAGAUGAUUUGAAUCUAGACUCUGAGCGUUCAGACUCUGGGCCUGAAACUGGAAACGGAGACCAUGGCUGUAAUGAGAACAAGUCUUCGGAGUCAGAUAUUAAGACAGUCAACAAAUCAUUUAGCUGCCCUGUGUGUGGUAUACGGUUCCAACACCAGUGGUCUCUUCAGGAACACGUGAGACUGACAAGUCAUUCAGCAGUAAGGUCUUCAGAGUGUUCGGUUAAUACAAAAUGUGUGAAAGAGAAGCAACAUGGAGGCUCAUGUAGAAAAGUCCAGAAACAACCAAAAUCAUUUCGUUGUGAUGACUUUGGGAAAAGAUUUAGCCAAAAGUCCAAAUUAACCCGUCAUAUGAAAGGCCACACUGGGCAGAAGCCUUUUGCCUGUGAGCUCUGUGGACAAAGAUUUAGCCAUAAACAUAGUUUAAACACACACAUUAGAGUCCACACAGGAGAGAAGCCUUUUGCCUGUGAGCUCUGUGGGAAAAUAUUUAGCCAGAAAAAGAAUUUAAACAUACACAUGAAAGUCCACACAGGAGAGAAGCCUUUUGCCUGUGAGCUCUGUGGAUACAGAUGUACCCAAAAGUCACAUUUAAAUACACACAUGAAAGUCCACACAGGAGAUAAGCCAUUUGCCUGUGAGUGCUGUGGGAAAAGAUUUAGCCAUGAAAAUAGUUUAAACGAUCACAUGAGAGUCCACACAGGAGAGAAGCCUUUUGCCUGUAAGCUCUGUGGAUACAGAUGUACCCAAAAGGCAAGUUUAAACUAUCACAUGAAAGUCCACACAGGAGAAAAGCCUUUUGCCUGUGAGCUUUGUGGAUACAGAUGUACCCAAAAGUCACAUUUAAACAAUCACAUGAAAGUCCACACCGGAGAGAAGCCUUUUGCCUGUAAGCUGUGUGGACAAAGAUUUAGCCGAAAGUCACAUUUAAACAGACACAUGAGAGUCCACACAGGAGAGAAGUCUUUUGCCUGUGAGCUCUGUGGACAAAGAUUUAGCCAGAAAAAUAAUUUAAACGUACACAUGAGAGUCCACACAGGAGAGAAGUCUUUUGCAUGUGAGCUCUGUGGGAAAAGAUUUAGCCAUAAAAAUAGUUUAAACAAACACACGAGAGUCCACACAGGAGAGAAGCCUUUUGCCUGUGAGCUCUGUGGAUACCGAUGUACCCAAAAGGCAAUUUUAAAUAGACACAUGAGAGUCCACACAGGAGAUAAGUCUUUUGCGUGUGAGCUCUGUGGGAAAAGAUUUAGCCAUGAAAACAGUUUAAAUGACCACAUGAGAGUCCACACAGGAGAGAAGUAUUUUGCAUGUGAGCUCUGUGGGAAAAGAUUUAGCCAUAAAAGUAGUUUAAACACACACAUGAGAGUCCACACAGGAGAUAAGCCUUUUGCCUGUGAGCUCUGUGAAUACAGAUGUACCCAAAAGGCAAGUUUAAACGAUCACAUGAGAGUCCACACAGGAGAGAAACCUUUUGCCUGUGAGCUCUGUGGAUACAGAUGUACCCAAAAGGCAAGUUUAAACUAUCACAUGAAAAUCCACACAGGAGAGAAGCCCUUUGCCUGUGAGCUUUGUGGAUACAGAUGUAUCCAAAAGUCACAUUUAAACAAUCACAUGAAAAUCCACACAGGAGAGAAGCCUUUUGCCUGUGAGCUGUGUAGACAAAGAUUUAGCCGAAAGUCACAUUUAAAGAGACAUACGAGCAUCCACACAAGGCUCGAGGGAUUUAUUUAAAAACAGUACUUCCAGAUGUAACAUUCAGUUUUUUUACAACCUUAAUGUUAAGCCUGGUUUAUGCUUCUCCGUCUGCGUCAGUGCGGAGACACGCAACGUCCUUGUGAAGGGCUCCGGCAGGCACGCAAGUACGUACGGAGUCGAGCCCACUUUUUUAAACAUCCGUCGAACGAGACGGAUUACGCAAGCUUGUGAUUGGUCUGGAUGCCGCUGUUUACAGCGCCGCCAUUGCAAAGAGAGCUGAGGAUAACUAGCGGCAGACACGGAGCAGCUUGAAGAAUACCUCACGAAAAAACUCUAAAAAUAUGAACGUUUCAUCCUCCCGUGACUGGAGGAGUGAAAAGAUGCGCAGCAAGCGUUUUAUUUGUGGACGGAAAUGAAAGGAAACGUGGGUUUAGAGGUGGGGAGCGCAUGAAGUGGUGGGAGAAUGAGAGACAAAUAUGUCCAUGUUAAAAGUCUCUUAUAUACACAAAAAACACAAUAUAAACACACGAUCCUGGACCGAUACAUGACAGGAUACCACAGAGCAGCGCUACGCCCUCUGUGGUCCUGCCGGGCAAUUGCUUUGCAACACUCUCCAGGAGACGGAGAAGUAAAAGAGCAAAACGCUUCCGUCAAUCUGUGCGUGUCUGUCCCUUGCGGAGCUGACGGAGAAGCAUAAACCAGGCUUUAGUCUUGUUCCUCUGCUCAACUAUCGUUGAUCGUCCCUUGAGCCACCUCUUCAUUUUCAAAUCUCCUUUGUUUUUUAGAGUCAGACCUUAACCAAACAAUUGAGAUGUUCAUUCAUGAAGUCUGAAUACAAAAAAAAUUACUUAAAGAUUAAGAAAAAACUGUUAUACCCUCCUGUAUUUAAGAAACAGGCACUUGAUGGUUGUAGUACAUAACCCACUGCAAUUUAAAACUGUUAGAUACCAGUGGCGUCUGCUUUAAACAAUUUAUCUGUAUAUAAAAUAAUAGCAUACAAUGUAAUAACUGCAGCUUAAAAAGAAUGUGUCUUUAUUCAUUUGGAGCCCCUAAGAAGAAAUCCCACCUUAAAGGCUGUGGAGAGACAGCUGGGACUGUUGUCAAGAAGUCAUAAAUUACAAGACGGCUCUGUGGAGACUCCAUUCUCCUACAAUAGCAUUUUGCUAUUUUAAGCAGGCUUAGGAAUGUGCCUGUACCAGAGUUUUUAGAGAUUCUGUUGCAGAGUUAUAAGCAGUGGACAGAUGCCGGAAAGACAGAACCACUUUUGGGCUGCAUGGUUCUCCACUAGUGUACUGAUGUAUUAACAUGGACUAGAUUGUAAUUAACCGGUUAUCUUUUUUAACUCAAACUUUGCCAUGAUUGAGUCAUAGCACUCCAAGAAACAGCUCAGCAUGAAAAUUAACCACAUUCCCUUUAUUUCUGAUGACACAACUAAUCACUGCUGGUGGACAAUUAAUCACAGACACUUAGCACUUCUGCAUGCGUUCUGUAUUCAGUGUGAACGAGGCUUCACGCCCUCUCUCAGUAGUGCAGCAUCGUGCGGUUGUCCUGUUCUGAUUUUUUCAUGUAGUUGUGGUUUAGGCAUUUUGUUGCCAUUAUCACUGAUAAAAGCUGUAGGUUUAUUCAUUUGUGAAUUAUUUAAGCAAUACAGAUCACAGUCCAAUGUUUUUGUUUUGUUUUGAUUUUUAAGUAAGGUUCAGCAAAUGCUGUCGAAAUGAAAUACGAACUGUUUCCAAGUACCGCUGUAAUGUGCUUACAUACCACUAGGCAGAAGAAAAAAUAUUUGUAUUAGGGCUGCAACAACGAAUCGAUAAAUUCAAUGAAAAUCGAUUACUAAAAGCGUUGGCAACGAAUUGCGUCAUCGAUUCGUUGUGUCG